CAGUAAGCAGCAUGAACAUGUUCUCCUGUUGGACUUCUCCAUCUGACGAUGACGAGCCGCACAGGCGGGUAAACAAACCGGAGAAGAAGGUAAAGAAGAGAAGAUGGUGGCAGAGACGCCAGAAGGUGGAGAUGCAGGACGUGGAGGGUGGGGAGGGAAGCGGGGUAAAGGGUGAAGAGAUGGGGCAAGGAGUGGAGCAGAAUGUUUUAGAGAACCAGGCAGACCAAAUACCAAAGAUGGAGAAGCAGGUGGUUCUGGGAAAAACCAAACCUGAGAAGAAAGUAAAGAAGAGAAAAUGGUGGCAGAGACGCCAGAAGGUAGAGAUGCAGGACGUGGAGGGUCAGGAGGGAAGCGUGGUAAAGGGUGAAGAGAUGGGGCAAGGAGUGGGGCAGAAUGUUUUAGAGGACCAGAUGCAGGUUGUAGAGAUGCAGGUGGCCUCACGGGACCUGGUGGAAGAACCAGAGCAGGUCAUCCUAAAGGACCAGAGGAGGGAACCAGUAAACAAGGUGGUUCUGGUUUCUGAGAUUGAGAUGAAGAAGUUAGAGCAGGUGGACCCAGUGGAGCAGGUGGACCCAGUGGAAAAAACAGACCAGAUUGUGAAGAAGACCGAGAGGCAGAUGGCCCCGCUGAACCUGGUUGAAGAACCAGAGCAGGUCAUCCUAAUAAACCAGUGGAAGGAACAUGUAAAAAAUAGGGUUCGUUUAAUAGAGAAUGAGAUAAAAAAGGCUGAGAGGCAGGUGGACCCAGAGGAAAAACCAGACCAGGUCGUGAAGAAGACCGAGAGGCAGGUAGACCCAGUGGAAAAACCAGACCAGGUCGUGAAGAAGGCCGAAAGGCAGGUGGACCCAGUGGAAAAACCAGACCAGGUCGUGAAGAAGGCCGAGAGGCAGGUGGACCCAGUGGAAAAACCAGACCAGGUCGUGAAGAAGGCCGAAAGGCAGGUGGACCCAGUGGAAAAACCAGACCAGGUUGUGAAGAAGGUAGAGAGGCAGAUGGCCCCGCUGAACCUGGUUGAAGAACCAGAGCAGGUCAUCCUAAUAAACCAGUGGAAGGAACAUGUAAAAAAUAGGGUUCGUUUAAUAGAGAAUGAGAUAAAAAAGGCUGAGAGGCAGGUGGACCCAGAGGAGAAACCAGACCAGGUCGUGAAGAAGACCGAGAGGCAGGUGGACCCAGUGGAAAAACCAGACCAGGUCGUGAAGAAGGCCGAGAGGCAGGUGGACCCAGUGGAAAAACCAGACCAGGUCAUGAAGAAGGCCGAAAGGCAGGUGGACCCAGUGGAAAAACCAGACCAGGUCGUGAAGAAGGCCGAAAGGCAGGUGGACCCAGUGGAAAAACCAGACCAGGUUGUGAAGAAGGUAGAGAGGCAGAUGGCCCCGCUGAACCUGGUUGAAGAACCAGAGCAGGUCAUCCUAAUAAACCAGUGGAAGGAACAUGUAAAAAAGAAGGUUCGUUUAAUAGAGAAUGAGAUAAAAAAGGCUGAGAGGCAGGUGGACCCAGAGGAAAAACCAGACCAGGUCGUGAAGAAGACCGAGAGGCAGGUAGACCCAGUGGAAAAACCAGACCAGGUCGUGAAGAAGGCCGAGAGGCAGGUGGACCCAGUGGAAAAACCAGACCAGGUCAUGAAGAAGGCCGAAAGGCAGGUGGACCCAGUGGAAAAACCAGACCAGGUCGUGAAGAAGGCCGAAAGGCAGGUGGACCCAGUGGAAAAACCAGACCAGGUUGUGAAGAAGGUAGAGAGGCAGAUGGCCCCGCUGAACCUGGUUGAAGAACCAGAGCAGGUCAUCCUAAUAAACCAGUGGAAGGAACAUGUAAAAAAUAGGGUUCGUUUAAUAGAGAAUGAGAUAAAAAAGGCUGAGAGGCAGGUGGACCCAGAGGAGAAACCAGACCAGGUCGUGAAGAAGACCGAGAGGCAGGUGGACCCAGUGGAAAAACCAGACCAGGUCGUGAAGAAGGCCGAGAGGCAGGUGGACCCAGUGGAAAAACCAGACCAGGUCAUGAAGAAGGCCGAAAGGCAGGUGGACCCAGUGGAAAAACCAGACCAGGUCGUGAAGAAGGCCGAAAGGCAGGUGGACCCAGUGGAAAAACCAGACCAGGUUGUGAAGAAGGUAGAGAGGCAGAUGGCCCCGCUGAACCUGGUUGAAGAACCAGAGCAGGUCAUCCUAAUAAACCAGUGGAAGGAACAUGUAAAAAAUAGGGUUCGUUUAAUAGAGAAUGAGAUAAAAAAGGCUGAGAGGCAGGUGGACCCAGAGGAGAAACCAGACCAGGUCGUGAAGAAGACCGAGAGGCAGGUGGACCCAGUGGAAAAACCAGACCAGGUCGUGAAGAAGGCCGAGAGGCAGGUGGACCCAUUGGAAAAACCUGACCAGGUUGUGAAGAAGGUAGAGAGGCAGAUGGCCCCGCUGAACCUGGUGGAAGAACCAGAGCAGGUCAUCCUAAUAAACCAGUGGAAGGAACAUGUAAAAAAUAGGGUUAGUUUCAUAGAGAAUGAGAUAAAGAAGGCCGAGAGGCAGGUGGACCCAGUGGAAAAACCAGACCAGGUUGUGAAGAAGGUAGAGAGGCAGGUGGACCCAGUGGACACAGUGUUAAAACCAAAGCAGGUAGGAAAGAACCAGAUUGAAAUAAAGAAGCCAAAUUUAGAGGAGAAAAUGGUCCUCAAAAACCUGGAGAGGAUGGAGAACAAAAGGCUGGAGAAGCAGGUGCUUCAGAUGGACCAGAUGACAAAGGUAGAAGAACGAGUGGAUCAGGUAGGUUUGAAGACUAAGGUUAAUAAACCUGAGGAGCAGGUGUGUCUACAGGACAGGCAGGUGGUUCUAGUGAACCGGGUGAAGGAACCAGACAGGGAUGAAGCACCUGAGCACCAGUGGACAGAACUGGAGGAGCCAGCAGCUUUGGAGCACCAAUUAUGGAAACUGAAGAAGCAGAACCUGGAUAGAGGAUGCACUGAAGGUUGCAUUUCUUCUUCAGAUCCACUGAAGAACAUCUCCGAGGCGUCUUCAAAGAAACCGGACCACGAGCAGCUGCAGGACGACGUUCUUGUUCCCCCCAUCGUCGAAGCCCAACCUGGAGAGUCCGGGGCUCUGAUGGAGACCGCGCGUGAAGAUGAAGGUGUCCCGAUGCCGAAGUCGAGGAGAGCCAGCCUGAGAACCAAACGGUUCCAGUUCUUCAACGUCUGAAGCUGAGGUGGUGACGAUCCGGAGAGCAUCCAAUCACACGCCGACUUUUCCAACAUCAAAAUAACAAUAAAGUGCCUUCAUGAA